AGCAUAACCUCAUUUUGAAGUGUCAAAUUGACAAUAACAAAGCAAUGGUAAAUAUGUUAUUUUUGAUAUUUGGAACUUUGUAUUUGAAAUAGUUGAAUGCUUCAUUUACCUAAUCAAUAAAAAAUUUGAAAGCACUAGGUGUAAACAAUCAGUAAAUAUAUAGACUUAGAUAUUAGACUAUAGAAAAUAAAUUAUAUAGACUAUAGAAAAAUCUUGACGGAUCAAAUGGCUCAAGUGCCUUCUCGUAGUAUUUGGAAAAAAAUCAUUACCAAUUUCGUGAACUCGCUUAAACCAAGACAGUUCAAAGGCGACUACAUAGGAUCUGAUUUGUUCGGGAAUAAAUAUUUCGAAAUCCCCGUGAAUUCUUCUAGUUCGAGGUCGAGGCCUAGCCGAUGGUUUGAGCCUCCAAUCAAAGAUGAUUUUCAGAAUGAAUUGUCUGCUGAAUGGGAGUCCUGGCUGAGAGGUAGAAGAAAGUUGCCGCCAACAGACGAAGAGGUGGCCAAGAACUAUGCAAUCAUGCAAUUGAAGAAGAAAAAUGCCAUUGAGGUGGACGCUAAAGGAGGAAAACCGUCAGUUAUGGAAGCGGGCUUAGAAAGUUUUCCACAGCGUUCAGGGUUCGAGCGAGUUCCUGGAGCCAAGUUCAAAUAGAUCAUAAUAAAAAAAACGUAGUCAAUAUGCUGUAAAAAUUGUAAAUAAAUAGUAGCCACAGGCGUCCUAAA